AUGGGGUCGAUGGCACCUCCGAAGCUCACCCCCCUAACCCGUCACCUAUUUUCAUCGUUUCUAUCUUUCUACGCAGUUACUUGUUGGGCAUUAGGAACUAUAAGUGGGAUUGAGGCAUGGACUCGUCUUAAAUACGGAGAGGAAUCGAAAUUAUCAUUGCAAGAGCUCUUAAACUGUUGCGACCGUAAUCCCAAGAAUGAUGAUGACAAAUAUGUGGACAAAUAUCAGUUUUACUCAAGCUCAUCAUUGGAUGCAUUUCUGUGGAUUGAAAGUAAUGGAAUCCAAUUAGAAAAAGACUACAAGUGGGAGGGCGAACUCGGUGCAUCUACCGUGAAGAAAAUGAAAUGGAAUGGAAUCAAACUAGAUUCCCACGAGAAUAUUUCAACUGAUGAAGAGAGCUUACUAAUUGCUCUUAAUAAAGGCCCGGUCGUUGGUGCAAUUUUAUUUGAUAAAGGUGGUUUAUUAAGCCUUGAUAAGAAGGAUAUUUGGGAUGGGAUCCCAUGCAUUCCCGCACCAGAUGGAAAGUACAAGUACCAUGUUGGUGUAUUCUCCGGAUACGGCACUACCGAUUCAGGUAAAAAAAUUUAUUGGUUUCAGAGUUCAUGGGGUUCUAGAUGGGGGGAGUCCGGAUAUGGAAGGAUUCUCCGCAAAUCAAGUUAUAACUCGAAGAAUACACCACCUGCUGACCUUAUUUGUAAAACAAGAAUCCCCGGCACAAUUCACAAGGUUGUCAACGGAAAAAUCCAAAGAGCAAACAAUUACAGUGAUGUUGAUGAAGAAAAGAAGCCACAGGUCAUAAAAGAUUACCUUGAACCGGCUAUUGGCAACUACAAUUACAAUAGUGGGACGCAUUUGAUAUUAGAGUCUGUUGAGAAAGUUCUUUACCAAAAAACGUCAUUAGUGGAGAAAUACGAUUUCAUGUUCAAUGCCAAGGCUCCUGACAAUAAUAUGAGGAAAUUUAAAGCGCAGAUCAUCAAAAUUAAAGAAGGAUAUGUUGUCAUCAAAUAUGAAGAAGUUAAGGUGGUUUGA